CCGUCAAUCGUGCGCGUUGUGAGUGUGUUCGUACUCCAAUAAAUAAUUCUCAAUUAUAUUAAUCUUAAUAAACAAACGUCCUUAGAGUUUUUAAAAUAAUAAUCUCCUUUUUUUUAAACUUCGUCAUUUUUUUUUUUUUUUUCUAUAAAAAAUAUAAAUUUUUGAAAUUGUUUUUUUGAACGUGAAGUGUUACAAUUAUUUGAAAUUUUUUAGUUUUUUAAAAUAAGUGAUUUUAACACAAUGGGGUAUGUUAAAUGACAGGGUGGUUUACGAUGACAGUAUGGACGAUAAAAUUCCAUGGGGUUGAAAGUUUAAAUAUAAAUAAAUAAAUAAAUAAAUAAUAAUAGUAAUAGUAAAGUUAAAUUAAUAGUCACGUGAGUGAAUUGUGCGCGGGUUUUGUUUUAAAACGAAAAUAAAAAUCUUGAAGGUGCAACAGUCACGUGUUUUUUAGUGUGCGGGGGUGAUAAAAUAGCAACGAGAUGGAGACAAAUGAGAAUUGGCCGGAUGGCAGUAGAAAAAAUAUUGAAGCGACGGUACCUAAAAAAUUCCGUAAAGAAACUAACCGGACGGAAAUUGUUGGUCUAAAUUGGGCAAUGUUAUUUCUUUGUAUCGGUAGUAUUGGUAUAUCUGGUAUUCUUGCUUACCGUCAAAUUCAACUUGAAUCUAGAUUAACUAGUUUAGAGGGACGGUGUGAUCAUCAAGAGACAAGCGAAGUCAUUGUCAAGAGGCUUCGUCGCGAAGUACAAGAUGCAUUUUUAGGACAAAAAAUUCCUUAUCCCGAAGGAGGUAUCUUUAGAGUCAAGAGGGAUGUUAGUGAUUGCAAUUGUCCUGCCGGACCACCAGGUGAACCAGGGCCGCCAGGAAAACGGGGUAAAAAAGGAAAAAAAGGUGACGCUGGAGAAGCUGGACCACCUGGUGUUGCAGGGACUCCGGGCAAGAAUGGUUUUCCGGGUACCAAAGGUGACAAAGGCGAUGCUGGUUCGACGGGUCCAAUUGGAUUAGACGGGCCCAAAGGCGAUCCGGGUCGUCCAGGUGACAAAGGACAAAAAGGAGAAUUAGGAAGCCCCGGCUUUGAUGUCUUCUCAGCUGUAAAGGUAGCUACCAUAAACAAUGGGGACUCUAUCAGAAAAAAAAUACUACUAUACAGAAGAACGUAUCAGACGGGAUUGGGGUUAAAGAGGUCAGUGACAACGCUUCGCGGUGGGACACUUGGAUACGCGGAAAUCGUCGCAUUGAAGGGACUCCAAGAACGCGGACAUAAUAUAUCUGCCCAGACAAUUAUACAAUUGAAGGGAGAACCAGGAGAACCGGGACCACCAGGACCACCCGGACCUCAAGGAUCUGAAGGAAUAGCUGGUCAAGAUGGACGUCAAGGCAUCCCGGGAGAAGUAGGUCCUCCUGGUGAACGUGGUCCUGCGGGACCUGUUGGCCCUGCUGGACCUAUUGGGCCGCCUGGUACACCAGGACCUAAGGGUAAAUCCGGCGAUUAUGGACCCUCAGGAUUUCCAGGAUUACCAGGACAUCCAGGGAUUCCUGGUAUGCCAGGACGCAACGGAACACGAGGCUUACCGGGAAGACGUGGUGACAAAGGCGACAAGGGUGACCGUGGAUUGACAACUUCACUGGACGGCAAGCAGAUUCCUCUCGGGACAUUUGAAGGACCACCGGGUCCACCGGGACCACCUGGAGCUCAAGGCGAAAAGGGAGAUGUGGGUCCAAUCGGGCCACCCGGCCCGCCUGGCGAGAAGGGCGCCAGGGGCAAACAAGGCAAGAGGGCAUUGACCAAUGGCGAGUGCCGUUGUCCACGUUCGUUGAGAGUUGGUCUUCCCGGUUUACCAGGUGAUAAAGGGAGUCCUGGAAAUCCAGGCUUACCAGGACCCAAAGGAGAUUCCGGUGUGCCAGGAUCCCCUGGUGUUGAUGGAAUAAAUGGAGAAGCUGGUAUACAGGGUCCACCGGGAUUACCAGGAUUAGCUGGACCUAAAGGUGAAAAAGGAGAGUAUGGGGAUAUCGGUCCACCAGGUUUGAUGGGUCCACCAGGUUUACCUGGACCACCAGGAGCGCCGGGUAUUAAGGGAGAAAAAGGCGAUAAAGGAGAAUCGAAGUACAAAAAACUCAGAAGAAGACAGGGUGAUGGAACGUUCGAAGUUAACGCGGGUGAAGUGAUAAUGGGUCCACCCGGGCCACCAGGUCCAGCCGGUAAUCCAGGACUUCAAGGUCCGCCGGGUAUUAAAGGCGAUCGAGGACACGAUGGCGCUAAAGGCGAACCUGGUGAGAAAGGCGCCAAGGGUGAUCCUGGUCCAAUGGGACUACCUGGACCGAUGGGAUUAAGAGGUGAAGCAGGAAGACCUGGCGAUGCUGGAAAACCCGGGGCGAUGGGAACGCCGGGCUUAGAUGGUAUGAAGGGCGCACAAGGUGAACCGGGUAUCAAAGGUGAACGCGGUAAUUCAGGUCUACCCGGUACUGAUGGUAUUCCCGGUGCUCAGGGUUCCAAAGGCGACAAAGGUGCCCCAGGCGAAACCGGCGCGCAAGGUAAAAAAGGCCGUCGUGGGGACAAAGGUAUUAAAGGUGAUCAAGGUGUUCCGGGGCUUGAUGCACCAUGUCCACUUGGUGCUGACGGAUUACCACUUGCUGGUUGCGGUUGGCGUGCACCUCAGCAGGAUAUUGUGAGCACAAUGAGUCCAGCUCAUGAAGGACCAGAACCCGCUGAAACAGACUAUGAUGAACACGAAGAGGAUUACGAGGAAGAGUACACCGACCCGAGCGGGAAUUUGGCUGAAAAAUAAUAAUAGACCUAAAUAAAUAAUCAUAUUCUAUAACUAUAUUUUUUUAACGACAAACUAAAAUCCCUCAUACUAUUUACCAGCCUUAUAAAUAAAUAUAUAUUUAUAUAAUUGCGUACUAGGAUAAUCAAUGGAUUUCAAUGAUGAUUAUCGUCAAAACUAACUCACCCGUCAAAAAUUUUACAAAAGUGGUUAUUAGAAGAACAAUUUCAUCAACAGCAUCUAAAAAAACGCGAUCACAAAUUGCGUAACUGAGUAAAAUUUAAAAAAAAUAGUAUAUUUUUUAUUAAUAUAAAUAAUUAUUGUCCUUUCUCUACAUAUCCAAUUUAAAAUCCUCCCAUUUUUUUGUAAAAAUAAAACAGUCGUUUAAAAAAUAAUUUUAGUGUAAGUUAAAUAUAAACUGGUAAUUAAUUAGUAUAUUACGCACUAAGGGAGAAAAAUAGAACAUUCCGAGCCGCGUCAUUGGCUGCGCAGCCGAAGGCGACGGUAGCAAACACGGGAAUUGGGACCUUCUAUUUUUUUCCGUUUAAAUUAUUUUUCAAUAGAUCUGCAGCUGAAAGUUUAAAUUUUUGUCUCUAAGAAAAAUUAACGCAUGCGUCAAUUUACACGGGAAAAAAUUCCAGUUAAAUUUACGAUGCUAAUAUCGUAAUUUUUUCUAUUGAUUGUAGUGGUGGACUAUACCUGUAAAAUCAUAAUUUUUACGAUGUAGCAUUGGAAAUUUCAUUUAAGAAAUAAUACUUCAGACAAAUAACACAAAGUCUUAAGCUCUUUAGUAUAAAUUACGAUGUGAACAUCGUAAAAUUUGAGAAUUUGAUGUAAUAGAAAUUUUAAAUAAAAGUAUAAAAUAAUAAUCGCUCGGGCGGGUGUUGGAUUCGAACACGAGACCUUUCGAGUGCGAAGUGACCGAGGCCUUGGACCACUCGACCACAGAAGGGCCCACAAGUUCAGGUCGUGUUUAAGAUCCAUAUAAACGAUAUAAAUAAACAGUCAUAAGUCACGAGAACGCCUCUUACGGUGGACACAGUUACUAUUUAAAAAUUACGAUGUAACAUCGUAAUUUUUAUAACUUACAUCGUAUUAUAACAGAGGCAGCACUGUAAUAUUUAUUUUAUUCAAAAUUAAAUAGAAAGAUAAAUAUAGGAAUAAAUAUAGUUUUUGAAUUGUAAUUUUUAUUUUAUUCUCUUUACGAUGUUAACAUUGUAAAUUUUAAAUAAUUUUUAAUCCAAAAAGUCUUUGUUAAAAUUACGAUGUUAAAUAGUAAAAAAUGUAACCUACAUAGUAAAUUUUAGAAUAAGACAUUCGAAAAUUGAUGCUAAUGAAAGCAUAGUCCACGAUUACGGUGUUAAUAUCGUAAAUUUCGGUGGAAUUUUCUUUCCGUGUACGAGACGAAAAUUCGGGCACGAGAUAAAACGCGAUUUCAGACUAGGGAGUGGUAGCGCUCGCCUUUGGCUCGGGCAAUCAACUUCGUGACGGAAAUUAUCUUGUUUUAUCCCGUGCCGCGAAAUUUGAAUUUUCAGCUGCUGAGCUAUUGAAUAAUUUAAUGAAAAAUAAAAUAAGCUGAUAAGCUUUUGAAUAAAAAAUAUGUAAGUGGUGUAAAUAAAUGUACUUACAGUGCACCAAUAUAAUGUGCACGUGAGUUCGUGUAUAUAUUUGAUAAAAAAUAUAAUAAUGAAAUUUAAAAAUAAUAAUAAUUUCUAAAUUAAAAAAAAAAAAUUAAUAUUUAAAUAUAUGUAAUUUUAUUUUUUGUUUCAUUGUAACCAAUUGCCAUUAUUAAUAUUAUUAUACUAUUUAAUAUUGUAUUUUAUAUAUUAAUAUUUUUAUAUUAUAUAUUUGUAUUUCUAUUAUUACUGUAUGACUUUAAUAAAUUAUAAUCUUUAUAAUGAAUUAUCAAUUUAAAAAAUAUGUACACAUGUUAAUAUUUUAUAAUUAUAAUAAUAAAUAAUAAUUAUGAAUAUAUUUAAAAAUUGUAUCUUUAAUU